UGGGUGGUGGUGAAUGAUGCCAUCAAAGGAUUACAUAAGCAAAGCAUAAAGAUUUCUUGUGUUAAUCGUCAAAACAAUAUAUAAAUGUAGUAGAAUCUUGGACAAGAACAGGUGAUACAAGCAACAAAGCAAUAUCUCCUUGUAUACAUUGACUUUGUGUGCAUUGCGCUCCCUCAGUGCUUUUGAAGAUUUUAUGUUGUUGUUGUAUAGAACUUGAACCUCAGCUAUGACUAUGAAGGGUUUUGUGUGUUUUCUACUUUUGAGUUUUGAAUGAAGUCCCAUAUCGGUGGGUUUUGGUGAGGCAGAAUCUGUAGUAAACAUAUAUAUGGGAGAUACAGAGAGUUUCUGUAGCAGAGUUUUCGAUUCUGGGUGGAAUCAAAGUAGAAAGGAUUGGCAGAAGGUUGAAGUGUACAGUGAGGUUCUUAUUCGACUCAGGGAAUUGAAUGUCCCUGAGGCUUUGGUUCCUGGUUUUGAGGAUGAACUUUGGGCGCAUUUCCAUCGACUUCCCACUAGGUAUGCCUUGGAUAUGAAUGUAGAGAGGGCUCAAGAUGUUCUUAUGCACAAAAGGUUACUGCACAUGGCACGAAACCCGGCUACAACAACCGGACCUGCAGUUGAAGUCCGUCUUGUUCAGGUUCGUUCUGCUUCUGGUGUGCAUUCUAGUAAAUCCUUUCAUUCAAACUCACGAACUAAAGUUUGUCCUCAGGAUUCUGAUAUUCCAGGUGACAUGAGCUUCCAUUCUCCCCCGGCCUUUGGUUCAUCAGCUAACAUGGAACUCGCAGUUGGUGCGAGUCCAUUACAAGUUCGGGAUAAGGAUAACUAUUUGAAUAUUGUUACACCCUAUGCUCGGCCUAUGCAUGAAAUCACAAUUUCAACAAAUGACAAGCCAAAACUUCUCAGUCAGCUGACUUGCUUACUGUCUGAGACUGGGCUUGACAUUCAAGAAGCACAUGCUUUUUCCACAUUGGAUGGCUAUUCAUUGGAUGUUUUUGCUGUUGGUGGUUGGCCAGUUGAGGAGACAGAGAAAUUGAAACAUGUGCUAGCUCAAAAACUCAAGAAGCAACCACAGUUGAAAGAAAAUGGCAGUCUUCCUCUUGCAGAGCAAGGGAAAACCGAGAUGGACUUUAGCUCUAGACAUGCAAAUUUACCUGAUUGUGAAAAUGACAUCUCAAAAAUUGAUCCUAAGUGCUUGAGACUUGAAAAGAAAAUUGCAUCAGGACCUUUCAGUGACUUGUAUAAAGGCACGUUCUGUAAUCAAGAUGUGGCUAUCAAGGUCCUUAAGGAUGAGAAUUUGAACGAUGAUAUAAGGAAGGAGUUUGCUCAGGAAGUCUACAUCCUAAGUAAAGUUCAGCAUAAGAAUGUUGUCAAAUUUGUUGGUGCUUGUACAAAGCCCCCAAACCUUAACCUUAUCACAGAAUAUUUGUCAGGCGGAAGUAUGUAUGACUUUCUGCAUUUACAUAAGACUGUCCUUGCUCUUCCAUCUUUGCUCAAAGUAGCGAUUGAUGUUUCCAAAGGAAUGGAAUAUUUGCAUCAGUGUGGUAUCAUACAUCGGGACCUCAAAACGGCUAAUCUCUUGAUAGAUGAGAAUGGGGUAGUUAAGGUUGCUGAUUUUGGUGUAGCCAAAGUGUACAAUCAACCUGGUAUUAUGACUGCAGAAACUGGUACUUAUCGGUGGAUGGCUCCAGAGGUUAUUGGACAUAAACCAUAUGAUCACAAAGCCGAUGUCUUCAGCUUUGCCAUUGUUCUUUGGGAGCUGCUAACAGGAAAGCUUCCUUAUGACCAUUUGUCCCCAUUGCAAGCAGCAGUUGGAGUGGUCCAGAAGGGUUUAAGGCCUAAAAUUCCAAAGCAUACUCAUCCUAAGCUAGUGGAAUUGCUUCACUGGUGCUGGCACCAAGAACCAUCUUUGAGACCCAAUUUCUCAGAAAUUCUGGCAUUUCUGCUGCACAUGACCAACACGGUAUGUCAAGGGUAAUAAAUAAUGACUAAUUUUGAGUCACUUAAUUAAAAAGAAUGGAGCUUCUAAGAUGCAUUUUCUUUCUCCCCCAUCAUUUUGAAAAGCUCUAAACAGGUCACUAGGGAAUGUAAAGGCGAAGGGAUUGCAUGAUAAUGAUUAUUCACCAAGCGAGAUAAUCAUUGAAGUCAAUUUUAAGUUAUAUGUUCGUCAUUGGACAUUUUACGUACGCUUAGGCGGUUAGGCCUCUAACUUAUGAUUAUGAAGUUGAUAUUCCAUUGACAAGGUGUGUAUAAAGUAUAAACUUGAUGUACAACUAUUGCACUUCAAAAAAGUAGUGAUUUUUAUGAAAUAUAUGAGCUGACCAAUCUUGUCAUGGUGGAGA